CUCUGCCGUGUAUAGUAGUGCAUGCCCUUGAGACCAGUUACUGGAUUUCUUGGUAACACUACACACACAAUUCUCGUGCUGCUACUGAGUAUGCGAAGUCCAAUGCAACAUAAUAGCACCCCGCGUCGACGUAGUUCGUCGAGUAAUAUUGGUGUCGGUGUCACCUCAUCUCGCACACACUGUAGGCUGUCUAAGCGACAUUUAACCAGCAUUGAUCAUUUGCUUGUUCCCCGGUUCCAUAACACUCCACGUUCCUCUGUCCAAAUCCCCUUUUCGACUGAACCAAUUUUUUCCUCCCAAACCCCGAACGAGGCAAAUCCAACCAUAUCUCCGCCAUCGAGAUCAAGAGCCACACGUGGCCGCAGACCAGCACGUCAAACACUCAAGGUUGGAUGCUGGAAUGUGCGCACACUGCAUGAUCGGGACACUAAUCAUCGACCUAUGCGACGAACCGCAUUAGUCGCCAUGGAACUUGCGCGGUAUGACAUUGAUAUCGCAGCGCUGAGUGAGACUCGACUGGCUGAUCAAGGUAAAUUGCGAGAGGAUGGUGCUGGGUACACUUUCUACUGGAUUGGAAAUCCCGAAGCAGCACCACGUGAACAAGGCGUCGGAUUUGCAAUCACUGACCGCCUAAAUGGCCGUUUGACGGGGGAGCCGAUUGGUAUCAGCCCACGGUUGAUGUCGCUCCGUAUAUGCCUCAGACGUGGUAAGUUCGCAACAUUUAUUAGCACAUAUAGUCCCACCAUGAGUUAUACAGAAGACAGGAAAGAUCAGUACUACUCGCAAUUGGCCACUGUUAUAAAGUCUGUCCCAAUGAAUGAUCGACUAUUCCUGCUUGGUGACUUCAAUGCACGUGUAGGGUGUGAUGCCACAGUGUGGGCUGAGGUGAUCGGGCCGCACGGGAUUGGGAUAGUCAAUGGGAACGGAGAGCGCUUGCUUUCAUUGUGUGCUACACAUGGCUUGACGAUCACGAACACUCAGUUUGCUCUGUGUGCUAGGGACAUUGCUACAUGGACCCACCCACGGAGUGGUCAUGCUCACUUGCUGGACUACGUCAUCGUACGUCAACGGGACAUGCGUGAAGUACGCAUAACGCGGGUAAUGCGUGGAGCUGAAUGUGGGACUGAUCACAAGCUGGUGCGCACAAAGUUCUACAUAAAUGUCUACAAAUCGUCGUACUUUCCAGCGAAUAGCAAUCGGAGGAAAUACAACGUACGCGCCCUUAUGAGUGCAGAAAAGAGACAAGCACUGGAGGAUGCCAUAAGAACCCGCCUUGGCGAAGACGACUCCUCGGCUUCUGUCAGCGUCCUAUGGGACCACUUGAAGAAACAGGUGACCAUUGCUACGGAGGAGACGAUUGGGUGUACAAACUGUAAACGGCCCGACUGGUUCGACGAAAACAGUUUGACGAUUGGACCAUUAGUACGAGCAAAAAACGCAGCGUUCAUCGCAUCCGAGGUUGACCCUAACAACACCAUGAAGAGUAAUGCUUUUCGCCACAUUCGAAGACAGCUAGCUGGAGAGCUGCGUCAGGUGCAAAAUACGUGGUGGACAAUGCAAGCUGCGCAGAUGGAGUCCUACGCUGAACACCGUCAACAAAAAGAAUUCUACGACUCCUUGAAGGCAGUGUACGGGCCCACUGUGCAGUAA